AUGACGUUCAACGUCGACAGAAGCACUGUACGUCGCCUGUGGCACCGAGCGUCCGUCGACAUCACCAACCUCUACCGUCCAUGCCAGGACAUAAGCUCGCGGAAAAAGGGCCACUCGGGUCGCAACCUCAAACACGAAUCUGUCGCUCAACGACUCAAGCUGGUACCCAAGGCCCGCCGAAAAACGUUCCGGCCCAUCGCUGCUGCAAUGGGUAUGCCCCGGUUCACCCUCCACGACUACUACCGGCGCGGAAUCUUCGUCAAGUACACCAUGCGCCUCAAGUGGGCCAUGGACCGCGUUCACGCAGUCACGCCCGACGACUACGCUUUCGCCGACAUGAUGUACGUUGUCCACGUGGACGAGAAGUGGUUCUUUGCCACUUGUGUCAGCAAGUCGUACUACCUCGCUCCCGACGAAGAGCCCCCUCACCGAACAUGCAAGUCCAAGAAAUUCAUUACGAAGGUUAUGUUCCUCUCUGCGGUUGCGCGCCCUCGAUGGGACAAUGAUCGGUCCGAGUGGUUCGACGGGAAGAUCGGCACCUGGCUUUUUACGGAGAAGGUCCCUGCCGCCCGUACAAGCAAGAACCGUCCCGCCGGAACACUUGUGACCGUGCCUGUGAGCCAUGUCCGCAUCCAGCAGGACAACGCAAAACCGCAUGUCCCGCCCAUGGACCCAAGAAUCGUUGCUGCGUGCCAAAGCGACGGGUGGGCAAUGGUGUACCAGCCGCCGAACUCACCAGACCUGAACGUGCUCGACCUCGGCUUUUUUCGGUCGAUUCAGACGCUGCAGGAACAGAAGUACCCACGAUACAUCGACGACAUCGUUGCCGGUACCCUGCAAGCGUGGCGUGAGGUGGACAUGAUGACACUUAAUGCCAACUUCCUGACGUUGCAGUGUUGCAUGAAGGAAGUCAUUCGGGUGGCAGGCAACAACAGCUACAAGGUGCCUCACAUGAAGAAAGCGAAGCUUGCAGCGAAAGGUAUGUUGCCUGACGGUGUUGAUGUUGAUUCUGACACCAUCAAUGAUGGUUUUAACCUGCUGUGUGCGACUGACAUGGACGAAAGAGUGGAAGAGUUGGCACUGGAAAUUUCCAAGGCCAUUUAA